CAAUGCCAUGUUUGUGUGUAUGCUCUAACUCCCGGAGAGCAAUCAGGGAGACGGCUCCCCGGCCGGACUUGGCUGAUGUUUUCUUGUUUCUGUUUCAGCCUUCAGGAUAAUUCCUUCAGCAGCACCGCUGUAACAGAGUGUGACGAAGACACAGUCUCCCUACAUGAAGACCAGACUGAUUGCUCCAGUAUCAGAGAUGAAGACAAUAAAGAAAACUACCCCGACGCCGGGGCUCUCCUAGAGGAGCCCGCGCCGCCGGCGUGGCGCGCGCCGCCGCAGCAUGUAGAGCAGACGGUGCUGGUGGACGGCGUGCUGCGACCCAGCAUGGGCAACUUCAAGUCCCGGAAGCCCAAGACCCUGCUCAAGGCCGAGAGCGGGAGGAGCCACGGAGAAAGUCAGGAGACAGAGCACGUGGCACCCAGCCAGCCAGAGUGUCGGGGGAGAACAGGAACGCCAGCUCAGGAGAGUCCACAAAACCACUCCUUCAGGUGCCAAGAAACAGUGCGAGUUCAACAAAGAAUCGACCAAAGGGCUGCCAUUUGGUCAAAGGACACUUUUGAGACUUGUCAGGACUUAAAUGAGGAAGAAGCUGCUCAGGUGCAUGGACCCAAGGACCCAAUCCCAGCGUCGACCCAGAAUGUGCCUGUGGAAGGCGCAGAUGCUGCAGACCCUGCACCAGUCCACAAAGACGGGCAGAAUGAAGCGGACAGUGCACCAGAAGACCUCCUGUCUGUUGGGACUAGCAGGCUGCUCUGUCACAUCACUGAUGGUGACAACCCACUGCUGUCACCACGAUGCUCCAUCUUCAGCCAAAGCCAGAGAUUCAACUUAGACCCUGAAUCAGCCCCUUCUCCACCCAGCACUCAGCAGUUUAUGAUGCCCCGCAGUUCUUCACGGUGCAGCUGUGGUGAUGGCAAGGAGCCACAGACCAUUACCCAGCUCACUAAGCACAUCCAGAGUCUCAAGCGAAAAAUUCGGAAAUUUGAAGAAAAAUUCGAACAAGAAAAGAAAUACCGGCCUUCACAUGGUGACAAGACUUCUAAUCCUGAAGUCCUGAAAUGGAUGAAUGAUUUGGCUAAAGGUCGUAAACAACUCAAAGAACUAAAGCUGAAGCUCUCAGAAGAACAAGGGAGUGCUCCCAAAGGCCCACCUAGAAACCUGUCCUGUGAGCAACCUGCAGUCCCCAGAGAGAAUGGGAAGCCAGAAGCUGUGGGUCCUGAGCCAUGCUCCUCUGGAGAGGAGACUCCAGAUGCUGUGUUAACAUGCCUGAAGGAGAAGAGAGAGCAGCUUCCUGCUCAGGAGGAUUCUAAGGUAGCUAAGCAAGACAAGAACCUCAUAAAGCCUCUUUAUGACCGAUACAGGAUUAUCAAGCAAAUCUUGUCAACACCUUCCCUUAUUCCAACAAUUCAGGAGGAAGAGGACUCUGAUGAAGACUGUCCACAGGGAAGCCAACAACUUUCUUUGCCAGAUCCAACAUCUCACCUUCCUGUCGGCGACCACCUCACCUUCUCUAAUGAGACUGAGCCUGUUAGGGUUCUGCUGCCAGAUGAAAAAAAAGAAAUCAAACAACCAGCCCUAUCCAUGUCCAAUUUACAUGAGGCUACAAUGCCUGUACUUCUUGACCAUCUCCGAGAAACUAGGGCUGACAAGAAGAGACUUCGGAAAGCCUUAAGAGACUUUGAAGAACAGUUUUUUAAACAAACGGGAAGAAGUCCACAAAAGGAAGACAGGAUACCAAUGGCAGAUGAGUACUAUGAAUACAAGCACAUAAAAGCCAAACUGAGACUAUUAGAGGUCCUCAUCAGCAAGCAAGAUGUGGCCAAAACAAUCUGAGGUUCAGGAAAUGUUUGUGCUCACUUUCAACCAAGAUAAGGUCAAGUUUAUUUUCCUUUGCCAUUCUUGCUAGGUAGUUUUGACAUAUUGAAAAUUGAAGCACUUUAGUGGUAGUAUUAGCUGUUUUUAAGAAGGGAUGGCAAGAGUAACCAUCAAUGAGGAAGGAGGAUUUAAAUGGGGGAAAAUAUAACAGCUAACAGUAUAAUUGGAAAAAAAAAUUCAGUCUCCUCCAUGCCAAGCAGAAAAUGCACAGUCAGUAUAAUUAUUUCAAAAAAUAUCUUAAUAUUUUAUCAAAUCUAAAUAAUACUUGUUCAGUGGGCCACUUAUUAGGGAAAGUCUAUUUAGUGUCCAGAAACUGCUUAUGUUAGUGUAUGGAAAAGAGCAUGAUUUUUAAAAAAUCAAUAAGAGGAGGAAAAGAAACUCUUCUUUUUAUGUAGAAAGGAAUACAGCUAGUAAGAAUGUAAUAUAUUUGAAAGUUCUAAUAGAUUUUUAAGUGACAAAAAAAAAUCUACCUUGUCCCUUAAGUCUGCUAGGCUAUUCAGUAAAGCAUACUAGAAUGUGUCACUGCUAAUUUUUUAUUUCUAUAUAAAAAUAGCACAUUAUUUUAUCUGUUAUUUGAAAUUUUACAUUUCUGGUUACCAAAGUUCAUUCUUAUAGCAUGUACUUUGUGAAUUAUCUUUGUCUAAAAUUGACAGAUGUUUAUAUUAAAAUAAAAUAUUGUAUUAAAAUUUGAAAAUAGGUAUUUUGGAUAGAUCUGUGGUCUGCAGUAUAUAAUCUAAUGUGACCAUAGUUAUGAUUGCUAAACUUUUUGUUUACUAUAAGAGUAUAUAACUAUUUUUCAAUUGGGAAUAUGCAUUUUUCUUAAUGUUCCAAGGUCUAUGUAUACUUUGUAAAGUCACAAGCAUUCUCAUGAGUUGUAGGUACUCUUCAUUCUGUACAAAAUGAAAGGUUUGAAAUUGUUGGGACACCUUGGAAAAGAAGCCAGAAUUUUAUUUGCUUCAUCAACUUUAGUGCAUAUAGUUUUGUGUUAUUUUGUACUAAAACACACAUUUAUUAUUUUUGCCUUUGUAAGAAUAAGUAAAAGGUCG